UCGAUGCUCUCCGAGGUCGCUUGGCACCCAGGUUCCCCGCGGCCCGCGGGAGGCUCCGCCGCAGCCCGGGCCGAACCCGCGGCGCUGUCCCGGGGCGGGGCCGGUGACGCUGCGCGCGCGCCCCGCCCGCCGCCGCCGCCGCCGCCAUGGAGUCGAACCGGGACGAGGCGGAGCGGUGCCUGGGCAUCGCGCAGGCCGCCGCCGAGGCCGGGCAGACCGACAGGGCCCGCCGCUUCCUGGAGAAGGCGCAGCGCUUGUACCCGUCGGCGCGGGCCCGCGCUCUGCUUGAAUCACUCAACAAGAAAGAACACUCGGCCAAUGGCCAGUCCCAAUCCAGGGAGUCCACAAACCACCAGUUCAAGAAAAUGAGCGGAAACUUCCAAUCGGCCAAUGGAGAGGCUGGUGGAGAGGCUCCCAAGGGCUACACUCAGGACCAGGUGGAUGCAGUGAAGAGGGUAAAGCAAUGCAAAGAUUACUAUGAAAUUCUGGGAGUAAAUAGAGAAGCUUCUGAUGAGGACCUGAAAAAGGCUUACCGGAAACUUGCACUGAAGUUUCACCCAGAUAAGAACCACGCACCAGGGGCAACAGAGGCAUUUAAAGCCAUUGGUAAUGCCUACGCAGUCUUGAGCAACCCAGAGAAGAGGAAGCAAUAUGACCAGUUUGGAGAUGAGAAACUCAACCCUGCUCGGCAUGGACACAGUCACUCAGACUUCCACCGCGGGUUUGAGGCAGACAUCUCCCCUGAAGACCUCUUCAACAUGUUUUUUGGUGGUGGUUUUCCUUCUAGUAAUGUUCACGUGUACAGCAAUGGCAGGAUGCGAUACACCUACCAUCAGAGGCAGGACAGACGAGAGCAUCAGGGUGACGGUGGCCUUGGUCUGUUUGUCCAGUUGAUGCCUAUCCUGAUCCUGAUCAUUGUGUCUGCUCUAAGCCAGAUGAUGGUCUCCAGCCCACCCUACAGUUUGAGCCAGAGGCCGUCUGUGGGUCACAUACACAGGAGAGUGACAGAGCACUUGAAAGUUGUCUACUACGUAUCCGAGAACUUUGCAGAUGAAUACACAGGCACAAACCUGAAAAGUGUUGAAAGGAGCGUGGAGGACGACUAUAUUGCAAACCUUCGAAAUAACUGUUGGAAGGAAAAGCAGCAGAAGGAAGGCUUGUUGUACCGAGCACGCUACUUUGGAGACACGGAUCUGUACCAGCGAGCACAGAAGAUGGGCACUCCCAGCUGUAGCAGACUGUCAGACGUUCAAGCCUCUCUGCAUGGAUAGUCACCGCCUGCCCACUCAGCAGAGGUCUGGGUACGAGACUCUUGAAACGCCUGAGGACUUUCGGUGAAGUGCACUGAGCCGAGGAGACAGACUUGGUAUUUAAAAGAAUCAAACCUUAUCUUAAAAAUGGAAUUGGAGAAUUAGCAACGCACAACUGCCCUGUUCCUUCUCCCUGCCUGUCUCCGCUGUUCGACUUGCAUCUCGGGCAGCGAUCAGGACAGGAACUUGAGCUACCCCUCCUCCUCCUUCCCUUCCGACACCGCUCGUGUGCGACAGUCUCAUUGCUCCUGGGAUCCCACAACCCUGAGAAUAAACACGUAGAGUGUAAAAUAAUACAAACUAACGGCAGAAGCCAGGAAGCAAAAGGAGACCCUUUGUGACUGCGCUGGUCACUGCCGACGGAGAGAGAAAUUUGACAAUUUGGUGAUAAAAGAAAACUUUAGGAAAAAAAAAAAAAAGAGAGGAAAAUAUAAUCUAUUUAGAAUUAAUUUAUAGCUGUAUAUAUGUUGUACUUUUAAACUAUGCAGGGAUUGGAUGAUUAAAUUAUUUUGUGUUCUGCCCAGUUUGGUAAGCAGGGAAGCGGGAAGUCUCAUCCGGAGGAGUCUCGCUCUGCAGCACUUUCCUGCCUGACACACUAAAACAGGAAUCACUUUGCCGUUACUGUUAUUCUGCUUUCUGGAGGCCUGCAGCGUUCUGUGGCUUGGGAAGUCAAUACCUGCCUUUUGGGUUGUAAUAAAAGUAAUUCCAAAUCCAUAGGGGGCAAGAAAGAAACUGGGGGAAACCACCUGGAACUGUGGUUUUGCAGCGCUGGCAGAAGCCACAGUGGGUCAGCUGAGCCCAGUGUCGCGCUCCGUGACGGGAAGGAUUGUCCUGGAUGGUUUUUGCUCAUCAGUCGUUGGGUUGAUUUGUGCACGUAACUUCUUUUUUUUUGCAGACUCUGCUUUAAUUUUGCCUCGUAAUCAGCACACAGCAUUCGUUCUGUAAAGAGAGCUUCCCAGCAGCCCUCUCCCUCUGUUGGGGUUUUCUUUAUGUGUCUGGCACUUGGGGUUCCUCGCCCCCCCAGCACUGCCAUUUGCAGCAUGGCUGUGGCCUUGACACCCUGUCUCUAAGGUUUCCUACAGGAGACCUCUAAAAUACUGCUCAUUCACCAGAAACAGAGCUUUCUCUUGCUUCUGUUGAAAGAAGUUAUGCUGGGGUAUAUAGGAGGUGCUCCUGCUCUCUCCUUGGAUCCUACCUGAGCUCUGCAGCACAUCCCUCACUCCAUCGCCGGCAGGCAGGACCAAUAGGCAGGCACUCGAGGUAGGAGCCAUCGCUUCAAAGCAAAGCCAGCAGAGGCGGAGCUCCCUUGCCUGGAAUAAACUGGAUUAUUGGGAUUUUGUUUUGGUACUCCGCAGUUCAUUCUUUUCUAAAGACAUUUCCAGUGAGAGCCAUCCUCUGCCACAUGCAGGGGAACGGAUCAAAAGCACAGCAGCAGGUGGGCUGGCAGGGGCUGAGGGGAAAGGUGGUUUAGAUCUUUUGUCCUUAGGAAUACAUGUGCUCUGUCUUCAGCUAUUUAUGUGGCAAAAUACCAGCCCUCCUGUUAGCUGCAAGACUUCUUAUCCCACAGCCACCAUGACUCGGACCUGAUUUUAAGAUUUUUAUUUUUCUUUCCUUUUUUUUGAAUGAUUUCUCCACCUUCGGAAGGGUUGGGUGGAAGUACGGCGUUUGGAAAUAGCUCUUAGUUAGAGACGCAGGCCAGGUGGCCUGAAGAAAUCACAGGGAGGGGGUUAAACAAAAAUCCCAUUUGCGGGAGGUGCCGAGUGUCGCAGAGCAGCGUUCCUUGCCCAGAGCCUGCCCGACGAAACCUUUUAAUUACUCUUUUUGAAGUAGAUGCCCACGUGUAAUGGCGAGCGAGAAGGCCUAGAUCCUAGCAGAUGCUCACGGAGGCUUUAUCUCUCGGUUUAGGAUCAAUUCUAUAAUUGUACAUCUAUAAAUAAAUGUUUAUAAGGUGAAGGCUCCAGCUGUGUUGGUGUCCUGCAGGUCCUCACCCUGGGCAGCUCCAGUUUCACACCACCCUCACAUCUGCACAGGCAUUUGGUGAAUGAAGCUCAUGGAAGCCACCCGCAUCCUCUGGCCGAGAUCUUUUUUUUGGAGAUGCUGUAUCCUCAUCCCAGAACAUCGUCCUGGCAUU